CCAAAUUAACUGCAUAAGCCGUAAACUUUAAGCUUAACGUAGUUUAAAAAAAAUAUCGAUUAACCUAAUCUCGAAUGUACAUGUAACAUGUACGAUGUAACAUGUACAAAGCAAUCGACUAUUACCGAGCUAUUGUCGCCUUUGAAGCGUUCUCUGUAGAAAAGAUUUUCCGGAUUCCGUCUCGUUUGCCUCGUCUCAUCGGAGGAUAUCUUUCGGAGCUUUUAAACGGACCAAUAACGCGACUCGAGACGCGUGCGAAUCUGCACCUCGCGGAUCCUUCUUCCUGCCUGAUCUCUCACAGAAGCCGGUCUUCCUCCCUUACCUUCUGCCGUCUCUCUUCUGCUUCUCGCUCGCAACUUUCACUGUGCUGGCGAACACACACGCGCACACACGACGUUACGGUAAACACAUCGCGUUCCAUGCCGGGGCUCGUAUAUCAACGGUGCUCAAUCGGGUUUCCUCUUCGCACAAAGCGUUGUGCCUCGCAACAGGGAACCUCGUCGUCAACGUCGUCGCUUAAGGCCGUUGAGGUGCCAGCGACGUCGAUCGAUUCGCGAUUGCCGAUACACCCAGGUGGAUAGCAGAUCAUUGUAGAACCGUUAUACGUCGCUACGUUUAUCAACGUCAUUAACUCAUUAUCGAUAACUAGUACAGUAUAAUUUCUUCUAUCAUUUGCGAUGGUCGUUGCGACAGCGUUCUCUUAACGCCAUUCUCUCGUGAUUAGUGCCGACGUAGCUACGAGACGUUCGUUGACACGAGUUAAAAAUUGGAUAAAAUAACGACAAAAACUUUAAUAAAUCUUAUAAUCAUGAUAUGAAAGCGCCAACUUUGUACUUUAAGAUGACAUCGAUAAAAGAAUGGAGAAAAUGAAAUUUGCUGACUUUUUUCGUGAAGAACUUUGCACGAUUUCGAGCGUCAACGAUUAUGCUCUGCAUACAAUCGUCAUAUUGGUUUCUUCAGCGGAAAAAUCAUCAUUUCACGGGUCGGAGCAAAGAAUAUAACUCCAUUUAAAAUGAAUCGAUGUGUUAUAUCGACGGAAUCAUCACUUUGGCAAUAUAAAAAAUUUCAAAAGUAUCCAAAAUGAAUAUACAUAAUUAUAUACACUGGACGUUAAAAAGUUAAGAUCCAGACAUCGAUUUCUUCGUUUGAACACAAGUUCUUCCUUCAUAAGAUAGUUUUAAGAGAUGAUGAAGAGUUUAGUAGCUCGAAUAAAAUUGCCUGUCGAGAAGGAAAAUUUUACACAAUUUCGAGCUUUAAUGAUUCUGCUCUGUGGACGAUCACUAUAUUUUCAAGGAGAAAAUUACUAUUUCACAAGUUGUACACACGAGAAAUACGAAAAAUAAGAAAAACAUUGAUCGAUAGUAUAUUACAAUGACCGAAUCAUUGCUUUGACAAUAUUCCUCUCCAAAAUUUGGAGAGGACUCAAAGUGUAUAUGAUUGUGUACACCGGACCUUGAAAGAGCUAAUAUAUCGCAUUUUACAAUUUAAUAUAUUGCAUUUUGAUAUUACAUAAUCCACUAGCAAUUUGUCCCGAAAGGGUUUCCGAGCGGAAACCGAUAAAACACGGCGAUAUUGUUAAUAGACCCAUAUAGAGAAAUCGCGGAGUGCCGCGCAAGGUCAUUUAGAUAUUAAAUUGGCGGAUGGGCGGCGUGCAAAAACUCUACGCCGCGCUCAAUAUCGCUAAUAGUACGUCGGGUCGUCAAACUCGCGUUUGAUCUUCAUAAUUGUCUCGAUCGAGGCGCGUGUCACGAGGCACUUGAUCCCAUCACGUUCGGACGACACCAGCUGCUCGGAUCGCUUCCACUUAAGAUGCCGUUUGACACACCCAAGAGGAAACUCAAAUUACAUGGGCUUCGCGCAGCAACAUUAGUCGAUCGUCACGCGCGUCAGCUGAAUCCGUUAAUUUUCACAUCGACGGUUUGCUCAUCUCGACUCCGGCGCCACGAUUAGCUGUGUAUCGCGCAUAACACGAGCGAGCAUUGUAUCAGUGGAUAAAAAAAGAAAACGAGAAAGAAAGAUCGCGCUAUCGGUCGAAUAACAGGAAAAGAAUCGGUAUCAGCUCCAAUUUCGCUCGAUGUUCGUCACAUAACUUCUUUUUCUUCUGUUGACAAGAUCAGUCUCUUCGCUCCGUUGAUGACAAAAGUGACUUCGUCCACUUUGAGAUCCGGCUUCGCGAGGAUAAAAUUAACGCGCUGAAUAACGACACUUCUUCUCAGAACUAUGAAGAACGGCGUGAAGAAUUCCAUAGACAUCCCCAACGAGACGACUACGUUGAGGACCAAGUUGGAGACCUUCGACGAUAUCCUGCCUUACGUCGGUGACUUUGGCAGAUACCAAUGGCUGCUCCUCUUGGCCCUGUUCCCUUACAGCGUGGCGUACGCUGUUCUGUACUUCUCGCAGUUCUUCCUCACCCUGGUGCCACAAGAACACUGGUGCAGGAUAGAUGAGCUAGUUUCACCGAAUUUCACGCAGGAAGGAAGAGUCGAAGUCGGCAUACCGAAAUCCCAGAAUUAUCCGUAUUACGAUCAGUGUCAUCGGAAGGACCUGGAUUUCUCCGCUAUCCUGAGCCACAAGGUGGAUAUUCGCUCAAUCGAAUGGAAGACAAACAAGACGGUGGAUUGUAGCCGAUGGGAAUACAAUUUCACACAGAUCCCGUACGCCAGUAUAGCGGCUGAGCUAGAUUGGGUAUGCGACCGGGAAUAUCUCAUCUCGACGGCACAGGCGAUCUUCUUCUGCGGCUCCAUCGUCGGCGGCUUCAUCUUCGGCUGGAUCGCCGAUCACAAAGGGCGGAUUCCUGCGCUGAUGCUGUGCAACGCGGUCGCGUUAUUGGCUUCCAUCGCGACCGCGAGCGCACGUACCUUCUGGUCCUUCUCGUUGUGCAGGUUCCUCACCGGCCUGGCCUUCGACAAUUGCAUCAAUAUACCGCUGAUCAUAGUGGUCGAGUACAUGGCCGUGAAAAGGCGGACCUUGGUCGUCAACGUCGCCUUCGGCGUAUACUUCGCUCUCGGCAGUACAGUUUUACCAUGGGCCGCGUACUACGUCGCAAACUGGAGAUUCUUCGCUUAUAUCACCGCGGUGCCGAUGAUGAGCGUCUUUAUCACGCCUUGGAUUCUGCCCGAGAGCGCACGAUGGUUCGUCGCCAAUGGUAGGAUAGACAAAGUGGUGCAGAAGCUGCGGCGGAUAGCGAAGGUCAACAAGAAAAGCCCGGACACGCGCAUUUACGAGAUCUUCAUGAGAAACUCAACCGUGUCUGACACUCAUACGGAAAGCGCGACAAUCUUCCAUCUCCUAAAAUCACCGCGGCUAGCGAAGAACGCUAUCUUACUGAUCAUUAUUUGGUCUUUGACGUUGAUAGCGUUUGACGGCCACGUGUACUCCCUUAAGUUGAUCCAGAGCUCGGUGUUCGUGUCCUUUUCUCUCGCCUGCGCAACUGAACUGCCAGCCGGGCUGCUGCUGACGUUGCUGCUGGACCGUUGGGGCCGCAGAUUCUGCGGAUUUAUCACUCUGGCCAUGACUUGCCUCUUCAGCUUCGCCGAGCUGCUGUUGCAAUCGACCGUGGCGAUACUCACGAUGUCAGUGCUGUCGCGGUUUUGCCUGAACAUGGCGGCCAACGUGGGUCUUCAAUACGCCGCUGAAUUGCUGCCGACCCCGGUUCGGUCGCAGGGUGUCUCGUUGAUCCACAUUUUCGGCAUAAUCGCUCAUGCUGUCGCGCCGUACGUGGUGGACACGGCCAAGAUCUGGGACGGCUUACCGAUGAUGAUCAUCAUCAUUGUGUCUUUCGUCGCCGCUACUCUGACAUUAUUCUUGCCGGAAACGCUCGGCCGCGACCUGCCGCAGACUCUUCGUCAAGGAGAGGACUUCGGCAAGGAUCAGAAUUUCUGGACACUGCCCUGCUGCCAAAAAUCGCACAUGGACCGGCAUCGACAUUAUCGUUCACGCGAACUGUAGUUCUUUUAGAUUUUAUUAUAAUGCUCUGCGCAAUCAGCGCGAGGACGAAUAGCUCAAGAAUUUUAUUAAAGCCAACUCGGCGUUUUAUGUUACGUAAUGUACAACAUGUUCUACUCAAUGACUAUACAUUUUUUAUACGAAUGAAUAGAGUUUAUAUAUAGAUAGGAAGCUCGAAACAAUUCGCUCGAAAAACAUUCGUAUAGAUAGGAAGCAAAAACAAAACUUACUUGAAAAAACAUCACUUUUCCUUUCUUCCUCAACGUUAUUAGUUAAAUUUUGUUAUUAUUAAAAUGUCAAUGUUGUUAUCGUUAAAAUGUUUACGGAAAAAAUCGUUAUGGUGGUUAUAUCCACAUAUUCUAUUGUAAAGAGAAAAUUUAUAUUAUUUAAAAUUAAAUAGAUAUAACAUUAAACGUU